GUAACACACAGAAUGGUAGGGAUGGAAAUAUGCUCGCUGAGGUUAUAAAAGUUAUCUUCGUUACGAACUCGGUUAGUGUAGGACACUCGAAGUUAGGUGCCACCCCGAACAAAAUGGAUGAAGAACAAGUGCAAAUGCUCAGGAGAGCUUUCUCCAUGUUUGACUCUCAAAAGCAGGGCAAGAUCGAAAAGGAAAAGGUUAGAACAAUUCUGAAUACUCUUGGGCAUACUUUUGAUGAUCAUGAGCUGGAAACUCUCCUCAAAGAAGAAGAGGACGAAGAUGACAGUGGAAGAUUAAACUUUGAAUCGUUCUACCGAGUGGCCUGCCAUUUUCAAGAAGAGGACGAUGAGGCUCUUCAGAAGGAAUUGAAAGAAGCCUUUAGAUUGUACGACAAAGAAGGAAAUGGUUAUAUCCCUACGAGUUCUCUUCGUGAAAUUUUGGCUGCCCUUGACGAUCAAAUCACACCCGAUCAGAUGGAUGGUAUGAUUGCAGAAAUCGAUACCGAUGGAUCCGGCACUGUGGACUUUGAUGAAUUCAUGGAAAUGAUGACUGGAGACUAAAAAGUUUAGAGAAAGGGAGCAGCGUAAAAGUAAAGAUUACCCAAUGUUACAAUCAAAUUAUGUCUUAGUUAUUUAGUACAUUCGCCAUAUGUAAAAUAAUUUAACCAUUUUAGAUAUGUAAACAGCAUUUCAUCUUCGAGUCAGUGAUAUUCAUUUCUAUUUAUACAAAUAUAUUUAACUAAAUAAAUUGUUCUUAUUAGUGAA